AUGCACACAACCUUCACCGAACAUCUCAACACUCACUCACUUCAGUUUCUGACCAUGUCAUCAGGAACGGCCAAUCCUUUACUCAAUCUCUCCGGAGGGGGCGUCAAGCUCACAUCCGCGCACCCAGCACCGGAUGGCUGCCCCGGGCUGGUCUUCAACAAGUCGGUGGGGGAUGAAUGGCGGUGUUUCAGCCGGUUCCCGACCUCCGUGUCCGAAAGUUACGCAGGAUGCGGCGAUCUAUCGCAACUUGAAUUGACGCACGCGCCCCCCGGCUACACCUACCUACGAUGCCCUUCGCCGGGCUCCGGCGGCGGCCUCGUCGCUCAUAAGGACUCGCUCGUCAUCGCCGUCGACGGCGCCUGCCCGCACAACGGAACGGACCGGGCGAAGAAGUCGGCGUGCGGGAUCUACUUCGGAACCGGGAACUACGGGAACAUGAGCUUUCGGCUUCCCGACGAACUCAAGGGGGUCCCGCAGAAGCACACCAACAACCGUGCCGAGCUCGUCGCUGCCGUCAAGGCUCUGAGUGAAGCCAAGCAUUCGCUUGAGGUCUCAGGCGACGACGAGGCGCUUUGCGAGGUGAAGCGCAUCAUUAUCAAGUCGGAUUCGGCGUAUCUCGUCGACUCCGUGGGAGGAGGGAAGAACGGGGAGAAGCCGUAUAUGAUCAGUUGGCUGUUGAACGGGUUCAAGACUGCGCAGGGGGAGGUGGUGAAGAACCUGCAGCUGUGGAACGACUUGGUUAAGCAGAUUCUUAGUCUUUGGGAGAUGGGGAUCGUGGUACAGUUUUGGCAUGUUCCUCGCAGCAUGAACGCAGAUGCGGACAAGCUUGCAAACAGAGGCUUGGAUGAGCAGCUUGACAUUUGGAGAUGUCCAUGGAAGAUAUGA